AUGAGAGUUUGACCAACUCAAAAAUAUUCCCGACAGCCUGCGAUUCCAGAUUUUGGAUUUCCGGAUUUUGGAUUUUCAGAGGGGAGCAGCUUCUGCUGUGUGACUCAAUGUCACGUUUCGUUCGAUGACACUUGUGUUAAGCACCUCUCGAUGUUUAACUUUGUGAAAGGUAAACCUUCGGCAGUUCCCAACAUGGAGAGGAAACGACAGAGAAUCGACGUCUGUCACAAUGGCUUUGGGCAACCACUGAGUAAAAUGGCUCGGGAAUCUCCGAGAGGGAACCCAGCUCCGCUCCGAGGUGGAUACCUCAGGGAUGGUGCGCUGGAUUACCGCUCGUUCUUCAGUGACCUGGCGGACAGCGAGAGGCAGAUGACUGUGGUCUCCUUCCUCCUGAGACACGGGGAGACGUUGGCGGAGGUGCUGGACGGGAUGGAGCUGGGGGACCAGGAAGUCCGGUUGGUGGUGAGGACCCUGACGAUAGCUGCGGAGAUGGCCAGCAGCCAGGAGGAAACCCGCUCCGUCCUGCAUCCCGCUGUCCGCUCUGCGUUCCUGCUGAAGAGCUUGCUCCAGUCCAUCGCUUGGCUGGAUGGCUGUGGUGGGGAGGAGGUGGACCACCUGCUCUGCUUCCUCCGGCACCUCAGCCUGACCUUUCCUGAGAGUAUCCGGAGUCGGAUCUCAGUGCCGGCCGACCUGCUCCGUUCCCGGCUCCAGCGCCUCCAGGGCCCGGGCUCCGAGCUCUCCUGGCCCAGGAAGAAGCAGCUACAGGACCUGGAGCGCUUGGUCAACGAUGCCUUCCCAGGAGGGGACACCGAAGGGCAAGGCCUCUUCAGCCAGCAGGAACAGCCCGGAGAUUUCCAUCAGCUGUCCGUCUUCCCCAGCUCCCGAGAUGUGGCGGGUGCCGGGGUACCCUCUCCGCUAUCUCCCAACAAAGUGGAGGGGCCCUACCUGAGCGCCCAGGCCUACCUGGACAAUCAGUUCCGCCUCCUGCAGGAAGACUUUGUCAAGCCGCUGAGGGAAGACCUGGCGGCCUACCUGGCCCCGAGAAGCCGGUUCCUACAGCCCUCUCCCGGCCUCCGGGUGUACAGCAACGUCCAGAUCCUGCACCCAGUCUGCAUGUGGGAAGGAGUCACGUACAAGGCCCGCUUCGAGCAGCCCCGUCGUGCGGGCCGGCCAGCUCCCAAGCGGCUGCAGAAGGGCUCCCUGGUUUGCCUGCUGGCCCCUGAUUGCCGGGAGAUCUUUUUCGCUUCGGUUGCCAAGUCCGACGCCAAGUGCCUGGGCCAGGGGCUGCUCUACCUCCGGUUCUCCAUCAGCCACGCUGAGUUGGCCAAGGUGGUCUACGGGCACCGCUUCACCAUGGUGGAGUCGCGGGCGUUCUUCGAAGCUUACCGCCACGUGCUGCUCACGCUGCAGGCCAUCGAUGGCAGCCAGCUGCCUUUCCAGAGGUACAUCGUCAAGUGUAAACCCUCGGUCCGCCCACCUGCCUACCUCCGGCAACGCGGCCUCACCCUCGAUCUGCUGCCCCUGCUCAGAAACCUCCAGGCUGGGCUCGACGCUGAGAUGGAGAGUGAAGUGGAAGGGGAGACCUCUCCAUUGAUGGAGCCAAGAUUGGAACUAGGCCGUACCGCAGAGGGAGACCCCAGUCUGAGAGUGGAACAGGAGCUGGAGACCGAGGAUUCCAUUGAUCUGUCUGAGGAGACUGGUAGCCCAGAGGAUCCCGCAAUGGAGGACGCAGAACAGGAGCUGAGCCCACCGGAGGAGAGUGACAGAAAGAUGGAGGAGGAGGAGGACCACCGUCCAAUGGCAGAGGGAAGCUCUGGUCCUGCUGAACAGUUUAUCAGCAUCAGAUGCCAGGAGUUUCAGACAGUGGAGGAGAGGCCUGACCCAGUGCUGGGGAAAGGCACCUUCACAGAAAGGGGCAGCAGCUCAGCACUGGAGCAACACAGCGGCACCCCAACCAGGCGAGGUGGGAGCCUGACCAGGCCUGGCAAUACCAUAACUGGGCGAGGUGACAACUUCACAAAGAAGCACACCUACGAAGUCGAUCCGUUCCAGCAAGAUUUCCGGUCCCUGCGAUGGCUGAAGCAUUUUGACAGGUCUCAGCUGAAGGCUCUUCAGAAGGCUCUGAAGCGGGAGUUUGCCCUGAUCCAGGGUCCUCCUGGGACAGGGAAGACCUUCCUGGGGUUAAAGCUGGUGGAGUUGCUGCUGCAUAAUCGGAAGCUUUGGCAGAAGACAGUGGGGAGCCCAAGCCCCAUUCUGAUUGUCUGCAGCACCAAGCACAUAUUGGAGCAGUUCGUGGAAGGGAUGCUGGAGUUUAAAUCCACAGGGAUUGUGCGCAUCGGAGGACUCUGCAAAAACAAGAAGCUUCAAAUGUUUUCCCUGGAAGCCAUUCGGAAGACCACACUGCAAAGGAUCCUGACUCCAACACAAAGGCGCAGAUUCAAAGAGCUCAAAGAGAAAAUUGAAUCCAUCAAGGAAGAUAUCUUCUACUGCUCCAAGGUUCUGAAAUUGCUGCCACUGGGAAUUCUGCACGAGAAAGAGCUGGAACCAGAAAUAAGGAGAGACCUGGAAGAGGCCCCACUGGAGGAGUUGUUCAUCUUGAAGUGGUUGAAUAUUCCCCCUUGCCUCUGGUCAAAGAAUGGGACUGAAAGGAGGAUAUAUCACAGGGGGCUAGAGACAGAACCCAUCAGAUAUUUCUGCCCCUGUCCGAAAGCGACAUCCCCUUCAACUGAGUUUAACUCCAGAAACAGAUUACAUGAGGUGGAUGAUGCAGAGAUGGAAUGGGAUCUGGAUGGGAGUGACUCCCCUGACCCACCGUGUAGCGCUGACCAGUGGGCAGGAGAGAAGUUUGCAUACACUCCCGGUGUUGACAUAAGUGAUCCAGAUGCAAGAGCAAUUCAGAAAAAUUUGGGAUAUCAAAGCAUCAUGGAGGAGGAGGAAGUUUGGAACAUCAAGGAUGUCUGGGAACUAGAUCUUAAUGAUCGGUGGCGUUUAUACAGGAAAUGGAGAAAGGCCUACCAGGAGAAGCUCCAAGCCUCCAUCAAUAAACAUGUCAACUUGUACGAAGAGAAGACACAGGAACUGUCUGAGCUGAUGGUGGAGGAGGAUGCAAUGCUGCUGAAAACUGCUGAUGUGAUUUCCAUGACAACCACAGGAGCUGCCAAGUACCGGGCCCUGCUGCAGAAGGUUGAGCCCCGGAUUGUCCUGGUUGAAGGCGCGGCUGAGGUGUUGGAGGCUCAUGUGGUGACCGCGCUGACUCCAUCUUGUCAACACCUCAUCAUGAUCGGUGACCACAAGCAGCUCAGGCCGAAGUUAACAGAUCACACUGUGGCCUCUCAGUACCACCUGGACGUGUCACUGUUUGAGCGAAUGAUCAAAAACAAGAUUCCGUACGUGAGGCUGAGUCAGCAGCAUCGAAUGAGACCUGAAAUCUCCCAGUUACUGGUCCCAACUUUCUACCCCAAACUCGAAGACCACAGCUCGGUGUUAGUCUAUGAAGAUAUCAAGGGCCUGAUGACAAAUAUCUUCUUCGUUGAGCACCAGGUGGACGAGGACGAGAGCACCCAGGCCGGAGGCUACAGCAAUGAACAUGAGGCGCAGUUCCUGGUCGGGCUGUGCCAUUACCUGCUGCAGCAGGGGUAUGGGGAGGAGCAGCUGACGAUCCUGACCCCUUACACUGCCCAGAUGUGGAGGAUCCGCAAUCUGGUCCGAGACCACGACAUGGCCUCCGUCUCUGUCAAGGCCAUCGAUGACUUCCAGGGUGGAGAGAGCGACAUUGUCCUCCUGUCGCUGGUGCGCAGUAACUGGGAGGAGGGUGCUGAUCUCCCGGGGGACAAGAACCACCUGUGCGUGGCCCUCUCCAGAGCCAGGAUGGGCUUCUACUGCACGGGCCACUUCCAGAGGCUGCAGCAGGGCCCUGACAGAAAGCUCUGGGAGUCGCUCCUGCAGCCGCUGAAGGACAAGGCCCUGGCUGGGAAAGGUCUGCCCGCUCCCUGCCCCAACCACCCAGAGCGACGCGUCAUCGUGGAGACCCCGGAGGGUUUCUGGCGCUUCCCUGGCUGGACGUGCAGUGGUCCCUGCGGUGCCCGCCUGGACUGUGGCCAUUACUGCCGCCGGCGCUGCCACUCUCACCGGCCGGGCCAGCGGGGGAGCCGCUGUAAGGAGCUCUGCGUCCGAGUGCUCUGCCAGAGCGGGCACCGCUGCCCCAAGCGCUGCUGGGAGCAGUGCGGGCCCUGCCAGGAAAUGGUGGAGAAGGUGGUGCCAGGGUGUGGGCACACGCAGCGGGUCGAGUGCGGGGUCCCCGCAGCGCCCUGCCAGCAGCCCUGCGCCAGGCUCUUGGAGUGCGGGCACCAAUGCCAGCAGCGCUGCAGCGAGGACUGCAGCAAGCAGCUGUGCCCGGCAAAGUGCACGGAGACCCUGCAGUGCGGGCACCCCUGCGCGGGCACCUGCGCCGAAUGCCUGCAGGGCAGGCUGCACCGAGGCUGCAGGAGGAAGUGUGGCCGGCUGCUCCUCUGCGGGCACCUGUGCAAGGCCCCCUGCGCCGAGAGCUGCCCGCCCUGCCCCCUGCCGUGCGAUAACAGGUGCUGGCACAGUGUGUGCCCGGGGAGGUGCGGAGAGAUCUGCGAGCCCUGCCAGCAGCCUUGCCCCUGGAGGUGCCCCCACCACCGGUGCGGCCGGCGCUGCUCCGAGGAGUGCGACCGCCCCCGGUGCAGCCUGCCUUGCGAGCGCCCGCUCCCCUGCGGGCAUCCCUGCGUAGGCCUGUGCGGGGAGCCCUGCCCCUCCCUGUGCCGUACCUGCCACCGGGAGCAGCUGGGGGGCGAGCCCGGUGCCCGCUUUGUGCUGCUGGAGGACUGCGGCCACGUCCUGGAGGUGGGCGCCCUGGACCGCCUGAUGGACGAGGGCCCCAGGCCUCUCCGUCUCGAGGCCUGCCCCAAGUGCGGGACCCCCAUCCGCUGGAACGGACGCUACGCCAACGCCAUCAAGAGGAGGUGGCGCGGCAUCAACCGGGUGAAGAGCAUCGUCCUGGGCGCUGCGGAGGAAGUGGAGGAGAUGAAGAAGCAGCUGAGGGAUGGCAUCAUCGCGGCCUCCGUUAACCAGCAGUACAAGGAGCAGCGGUACAGCAUUCGCAAGAAGGUGGAGGCCUCACAGUCACUGCCAGGGCUGCAGGCCCUGGGCAGAUCUCUCUGCAUCUUCCAGUUCCUGGACACUGUCCGGAAGCAGGUGAGAGCGUGUCCCCUGCAUGAGCAGCUCCAGCUGGACAUCCUGCUGACCAGAGUGGACUGCUGGCUCGAUACCAAGGUGGCACCUUUCACCUGGCAGCAGCUGAAUGAAUGUCGGAGCGAGAUCGCCAGGAUCUCCUGCCUGGCCGUGCUGAAGAGGCUGCAGCAUCACUGGGAGACUGAGGGAGGUGCCGAGGGGAGGGCACAGCCACUGGCGGAGACUGUUGCCCCCCUCCUCAGGGACUUGAUUGGGAAACUGACGGAGGCGACAGAGCAGCGCGUGAGAGGGGCCGUGGAGGAGCUGACACAGAGCUCCCCCUGUCCGGGGGAACUGUGGUUCUCCGGGUUUGAGCGGCUCAUGGCCCCCGAGGAUGUGGUGAAGCAAGACUGGUAUCAGUGCCCAAAAGGCCACCUGUACGCCGUGGAAGAGUGUGGGCAGCCAGGGGACCGCGAGGAGUGUCUGGAGUGUGUGCUGGUGAUGGGUGGAGAGUGAACCCCUCUAAGACAGCAAUGACCCCCCCCCACCCCUCCCCCAGUUGCUGAAGGGGCUGGCGGUGCCAGUGCUGACCCUCCGUGGGGUCAGAGUCGGGGCAGUAGUCCGGGCUGACCUACCCCAGUGCAGUACCGAGGGAAUGCUGCCCUGUUGGAGGUGCCACCUUUUCAUAGGAGACAUAAUUCCAUCAGCACUUUCAGCUGAAUGCUAAAGAUUCCACAUCCACCACUUUGGCGAAGAUCUGGAAUGUUCUUAAAUACAUCUCGACAACUACUCAUCUCUUCACUAACCUGGCUGCAUCAUCUCCUUUAUUUUGAGUUAUUUUUGAGUUGUGGACAUCAUCAGCACCCAUCCCUAGUUCCCCACCAGAAGGGUGGGUCACCUUUCUCUAGUUGCUAUCGUUUAUGUAGAGUCAGUGCUCAUUUUCCCAACUCCCUGUCCAACAGCAGUGUGAAAGAAGCUGGCUGUUCACACGAGGAAUAUUGGAAGUUACAGCUGGGUGGAGAAUGCAGGACCGAUUCUACCUUCAACUGGCCUUUAAUAAACAGA